AUCACCGCUAAUUCGAUCACCAUUGAUGUCCUUAUUGCCCGGCUAGCUAGCUAGCUAGUGGUCUGUACUUGCUGUUGGUACGUAGCUUGCAACUGUACACGUACGAUCGAGAGAGAGAUGCCGACGGACGAGACGACGGCUGCGGCGGCGCCAGCGGAGCUGUCCGGCCACGGCCGCACGGUGUGCGUCACCGGCGCCGGCGGGUUCAUCGCGUCGUGGCUCGUCAAGCGCCUCCUGGAGAAGGGCUACACCGUGCGCGGCACCGUCCGGAACCCUAUGGAUCCGAAGAACGACCACCUGAGAGCCCUCGACGGCGCCGCCGAGCGCCUCGUCCUCCUCCGCGCCGACCUGCUCGACCCCGACAGCCUCGCCGCCGCCUUCGCCGGCUGCGAGGGCGUCUUCCACGCCGCCUCCCCCGUCACCGAUGACCCUGAGAAGAUGAUAGAGCCGGCGAUCAGGGGGACGAGGUACGUGAUAACGGCGGCGGCGGACACGGCCGGCAUCCGGCGGGUGGUGUUCACCUCCUCCAUCGGCACCGUCUACAUGAACCCCUACAGGGACCCAAAUAAGCCCGUCGACGACACCUGCUGGAGCGACCUCGAUUACUGCAAGAGGACCGAGAACUGGUACUGCUACGCGAAGACGGUGGCGGAGCAAGGAGCGUGGGAGGAGGCGCGGCGGCGGGGGGUGGAUCUGGUGGUGGUGAACCCGGUGCUGGUGCUGGGCCCGCUGCUGCAGCCGACGGUGAACGCUAGCACGGAGCACGUCCUCAAGUACCUCACCGGCUCCGCCAAGACCUACGUCAACGCCGCGCAGGCCUACGUCCACGUCCGCGACGUCGCCGAGGCGCACCUCCGCGUCUUCGAGACCCCCUCCGCCGCCGGCCGCUACAUCUGCGCCGAGAGCACCCUCCACCGCGCCGACCUCUGCCGCGCCCUCGCCAAGCUCUUCCCGGAGUACCCCAUCCCCACCGCCUGCAAGGACGCCGCCGCGCCGCCCGUCAGGGGCUACCUCUUCUCCAACCGCCGCCUCCGCGACCUCGGCAUCGACUUCGUCCCCGUCCGCCAGUGCCUCUACGAGACCGUCCGGAGCCUCCAGGACAAGGGCUUGCUGCCCGUCCUGCCACCCGCCGCCGCCGACGACCACCAACCUACGUCGCCAUGAGCUUCUUCCCUCCGCCGAUCGAGCUUGCUUGCUCCCUCCCUCCGCCGAUGAUGAUCGGUCACUUGAUUAUUAAGCUCGAUCGCCUUGCUGAUCAUAUACAUUUGACAGGCCUUUUUUUCUUUUUACGUUCUCCGAUCGAUCGAUGUUUUUUUAUAUUAUAUAUACUCGAUCAAAUCGUUCAUAUAUGUAUGUGUAUGUGUAUGUGCUUUAGUUUAAUGGAUGCAUAAUGCAUGCAGAUGCAACUAAUGCAUGGGCGACGCGUGAGCAAAGUGAUCAGUGGCAGUGCUGUGUGACGUGCAAACUGCACUGCACUUAAUUAGUACCAGCGUAUUAAUUAUAUGUUUGGUGUCACUGUAAUAUAUAUUAUAUUACCCCUCGGUAGCCAUGCAAAUCAUUAUGCAGAUGUCAUGCACCUAAGGAGAGUACUUAAUUUUGACAUUACCUCUGUAUAUAUGUGGUUUGAACCAACUCCAAGAUGUCA